UCCAAACAGAAAACAAAGUAUGUGCAUUCCAGAGGGAUCUGUGAUUUGCAGGUAUUGUCCCUGGGCCCUGCCUCUCAGUUUCUGGGUUGUCUUUUCCCUGAGUUUCACACGGCACAUAUUCCCUUUGGCAGGGGGUGUUCUGGUGGGCUUGGGCUCUGCACUUCCUUCCCUUCACUUUAAAAGCACAAUCCGUCUUUGCUUUAGGACUGGAGCUGGCUUGAAUUUCGGCAAGGCUUUAAAGUCGGCAGGGAAUAUGGUGGCCACCCCUGGGAGGGGCUGAAAGGUUUGAAUGAGAAAAGCUACAAGGAGCUAGCCCCCGAGGAUGCCUCUUUAAUAACAGAUAGGAUUAGUAGCCCCCAGCACUUUAGUGCGAAAGAGUCCCCUCCUCUUCCUACUUCUUACCUGCUCAGACAAUAUUAAUUGCCAAGACAUUGUCUGGGAACCGCAUGGGGCAAAGAAGAAAGGAGCGGGCGGGGUCCGAGGUGGCUCUGGGCAGUGGAGCUAAGUCAGAGAUGCUUCAGAAUUUGCGGCUGAAAUAAAUGACUAAUGUCCACAGCGGUGACAAAAAGAAGGAAUGUCACUAUGGGUGUGGCUAGUGCAACCUUUUCUUUACUGCUGAUGCUUGCUGUUCUCCCUGGAGACUUGGGGGUCAGAUGGGGCCAUUUUAAUCGUAUCUCUUCUCUGAUCUUAAAUUCAAACCAGCGGGCAUCUUUUAACCUUUUCCUUCUUGGGGCUGGGGGAAGAUGGGGGUCAGAAACAGUCAAUUUCUGACGCUAAUGAUGGAAUCUGUGACUGAAGAAGUCCUGAUGGGCAGCGAAAAUGGCACUCUGGGUCACUGAAAGGAGGACAGCUACCUUCAGCAGAGCCACCUGGCCCUGAGCCGGCGGCCCUCCUGGUUAGGCACUGUCAUCUUUACUAUAAACCCCCUUUGACCUCUGACCCUUCUGGCCUUCCAGGUAGAAAGAAAAGUCUCCUGCCCAAGGAGAAUAUUUUGCCUCUAUUUCCCAAGACAGGGGCCGUGCUGAAAAAUCCCUGGCCCAGCCCAGACUCUUGUGGACCGUAGUGACCCUGGGCAGAUAUCAUUGCUCAUCUUUGAACCUCAUUUUCCCGGUUUUUGAAACCCAGACUGUAGUCCCAGGCCACGCCCACCUCAUAGGGAUGCUUAGAAAAUCAAAGGAGUGUGAGAAAGCCCCAGGGCUUUGUAAACUGUAAACACACAGGGCUUUAAAAAUUCGAAGUAAAUGGGCCCGAAGCCGUUACUGUGGUUCACAGAUGGUGCAUGAGAUGCGUCAAGCAUCAUUGUGAAGCGAUCAGUCCUGGCCUCCGUGGCAUCUUCAAGUCAAAGAAAGAUGGCAAGUGCUCUAAGAGAAAUAAGUAAACUUCAGUCAGGCAGAUGUGUAUGUAGAGGGGAUACUGGAGAUGGAAGCCUCCCUCGCGCCCUUCACGAGUCUCCACAGGAUGGGAGGACGCUCGCGCAGCGUGCGACCGCGACCCCUCGAAUCGGGAACGCGCAUUGGCAAGCGAGGGUCCCUCUGGUCCAGGCCAGCUGCCACCGCGCCGCGCGGGAUAGUCCCAAGGCAGCUGCGAACUCGCCCUGCACGUGGCGGGGGUCUGGCCAGUGCAAGUGCCAAUCCGCAAGCAGCCCCCCGCUGCUCUCCUCCCGCCCCGCCUCCUUGCCACCCUCUCCAGCUUCUCUUGGCGGGGAAAAUCUAGUUCGAGACUGGAGCGCUGUGACCGAGACAGAGCUUAAGGCAAGCCCUAGUGCGCCCAUCCCGGACCCCGCGCGGCCAGCCUCCGGUUCGUGGGAGGCGGGCAUGUUGGCAUGGCAGGAUGGCGGGGCCAAGGCGGCCCCUUCUCACCACAAGAUCUCAUUCUCUGUCCUGGACAUCUUGGAUCCACAAAAAUUCACGCGAGCUGCACUCCCGCCGGUGCGUCUAGCUGCCCGGGAAGCCAAGAAAAGUUUAGCGGAGGUGGAAGCAGGGGAGGACGCCAGCCCCGAGUCUACGAUCGGGUCUCAGGAGACCCCUGAUGCCGAGGGCCGAGGCACUGGCCUCGCGUCCCCCCUGGAAGGCUCCGAAGCGGAAGAGGAGGAGGAAGCAGAGGAUGCGGGGCGCGCGCAGCGGCCGGAGCGGCCGGAGCGCUGGCACCGGGUUCACGAGGGCUCUCCAGAGGCCCGGGUGGUGGCCGCGGGAGCGGGGGAGAGCGGUGUGGACGGGCUGCCGGCGUCCCCCGGCUCCCCCGGCUCUCCGCGGCCGCGGCGCCGGCGAUCCGAGCCUAGCUGUGCCAAGCCACGGCGCGCGCGCACCGCCUUCACCUACGAGCAGCUGGUGGCCCUGGAGAACAAGUUCCGAGCCACGCGCUACCUGUCCGUGUGCGAACGCCUGAACCUGGCGCUGUCGCUCAGCCUCACGGAGACGCAGGUCAAAAUCUGGUUCCAGAACCGCAGGACCAAAUGGAAGAAGCAGAACCCGGGGGCCGACGGCACGGUGCAGGCAGGAUGCAGUACGCCGCAGCCUGGGACACCGGGCGCCGUGGCGGGGGCCUGUGGCAGCGGCACCGGGAGCAGUCCUGGCCCACCGGUUCCGGGCGCUCUGCCCUUCCAGACUUUCCCCACCUAUCCCGCGACCAACGUCCUCUUUCCCUCCUCCUCCUUCCCCCUGACGACAGCCGCCACAGGGAGUCCCUUCACCCCUUUUCUUGGGCCCUCCUAUUUGACCCCUUUCUAUGUCCCACACCUAUAAACCCGGUACUCCAGCCGAGUUGGGAUUCGCGAGUGACCAGUAUGGUGGUGUGGACCCCUGCUUCACAGAGGGGCACUGACCGCCCCCUCCUGGUGUGCUGGUGUCUGUGUGCCCCUUCUCUCCAGCUGCUGGUGACGCCACCAGAGGGCGAGGAGAAGCCACCUGCUGGACUCCAUACAGGCCACUAAGGGGUCCAGAAAGUAUCCAGACCAAGGACUCAAAAUCUUCCAGCUUCUGGACGUCGCUCUUCACUUUCAUUCACUUCCGGGGCUCUGUUUUUUUUUUUUUUUUUUUUUAAGGGUCUUGGUAUUCAAUACCAGGCUAAUAAAGGUUCCCAGGAUAGAGACCAGAGGGAGCCAAGAUGCCCUGGGCACCAGCUGCUAGCGCCAAAGACUGAAUAUUUAAAGGUUCUGGUACAUUCCGAGAUGAAGAACUUUCCUUCCUGGUGGUGGAAUUGUCUCAACACAGUACUUCCUCUCAAAUCCUGAGCAGAGCUGGGGCAAGUUGGACCCAAAGCAGAUGCAGCUAUCAAAUGGACUGUUUUCAAGAUGCAUAACUCAGCAUUUCUAGAUCUUCUUAUGAAAUUCAGACUUGAGCCAGUUACUGAUGCUUGUUACCUUAUUUUCUGUGUGCACACGCCACGUGUAUGUACCAGGAAGUUGUUCAGCUUUGUGCCUAGACUGACCUGGAAGAGACACAACUUUGUUGCCUCGCAGGUUUUGAGAGCAGCUUGGAUCGACAACAGCAGUGCCCUAAAUGCAUAAAAAGGACAGUAAAGGGAGUGAUGACCCAAAGGCUAUGGUGAAGUCUGUGUGUGAGCUGUUGUGAUAUGCGCCUUUGUCCGGUCUACACCCUCAUGGACUUCCGAACGGACAAGUUGGAGCAGAGCAAGCUCCACCCACAGGCAUUGCAGUCAGGCAUUUGACUACAUUUUUGGAAGCACAACUGUAACAUUUAGAAUACCUGAGAUGCUGACUUGAAAACAAUUCUUGUUUUAAAUAGUUUUCUCCCCCUCCUCAUGAUGGUGAACAAGCAAAAGCUGUAAGGGGCUGGGAAAGAAACACUUCCCACGUGUAAAGAGCCAUGAAGGCCAAAACCUUGUUGGGAAUAGGCUCAAGGAUAUAUAUGUUUUAAUUGCUGCUUUCUUUGUGUUGUGUGAUAUUUUGUGUUCUGACAAAUAAAGCUUGCUUGGAGUCAGAGGCGGAGCUAGCCACUAGUUAACCAUAGAGGUUUGGAGGACUACAGAGAGAGGGACAGGAAGUGGUAAGGUGGGGCUGAAACAGGAUCUCAGCCCCUUUGGUCCGAGGAAUAGAAGAGGUAGGAAGUCACUGGUGGCUGCUCCCCUACUUCUCUGAUCUUUCAA